AUGGACACGCAAGAUCACCUCGAGUCACGCGCCAGCAAUGACCCAGUCACGCAGAGAACCACCAGCGAGUUCUUUUUGGCAAAUCACGUCCCUGUGCAUAUUACCUGCUUGAUCAGCGCCAACUACCACAAGAUAUUCCACCUGAAAGCAUUGAGAGACAGAGACGGAACCGAUGUAGCAGAAAUCCUUCGUGAUUUGAACUUCACAGAGACCGGCGAUACCACUCCGGAUGAAGAACCAACUACUCCCGUGGGUCAGAGACACACCAGACGAGAUCACGAAGAUACCCGCACGCAGCUGCUCGCCAAAAGAUGCAUGGAAUUGAGGAAAAACAUCUGCCGCGCUUACGAAGAGCCUAUGGCGAAAGCCGAAACCAUCAUCAAAGCAAAGCUGGAGGAGCUGAACUGCACUCCAUUACCCUUCUGCGGCCACCAAAGCAACCUGGACGACCUCUGUCUAUCCCUCUAUGCUGCAACAUCAGCCGAAUAUUACCGUCGCGCUCCCCUACCCACUCCCGACCACCAGCCUACCGAUGUCGUGCUUGAAUUCGUAGACUUUCUCUACCUCGCCGGCGGCCGACCUGCCAGUUCCUUUCCUCACCCUUGCGACAUCAGCACUACCUUCGACGACUUCAUUGAAAUUGUUCGCAACGUGUACGACUAUCUGGAAAGCAUCCCUACCUUGCAGGAAGGUGGCUUUGACGACUGGGAUGACCUUCCCGCCGAGGAAGAGGUUGAAGGAUGGCGAUUCCAGUGCGCUGCCCAAAUCGAACACCUGGAUAUGGCUCCUAGAAGCUGGGAAAAGGUUAGCCCUGGAACUUUCGACGUUUUCAAGACAGCUGCCCGCACUGCCCAAUGCUUUAUCAUGCAUACACGCCAGAUCGAGAUCUUCUGGGCCAUCAAGGCGAAGCAGCGCCACCUUCAUGCCAAUGAUCGUCAUGGCUCCUGGACAUGGGCCAUCUGGCAGACAGAGGAGGCAGAAAGGGCGUCGGAGGUGCCCUAUGUUCCUCUGCUGUACAUGCCUGCCUUUGAGCCCGACGACCUGCCUCCUCUGUUGCCUUCGGCGGCCUUGCAGAGAGUAGUGAAGACGUCCAAGGACAAGAAGAGAAAGCUGCCAAUGAGAACGCCGGAGGAGCAGGCAGCCAAGAAGGACCUGUCUAUUCGCUUGAGAAAGAGACAGAGAGGGUAG